GUGUCCACCGGUCUUCAUUAGAAGAUUGUGAAAAAUUGUACCGUAGGCUAAGCACGCAGAUCUUCACCCAGACUACCUUUAAGGGGGCUACAGGUCUCUUCAUGAAAAACUCAUACUACGACUCUGACGCGUGGACGGAGAUCCUAAAGGAAAACAUGGGAGAGAUGUCACUCAUUGAAACUGCAAGAAAUGUAGAUACCCCUAAGAUGUGUCUUGUUGCUACUUCGGCCAACACCAACAGAAUCCAGGCCCAUCUCUUCCGCAACUACAACCUGCCGUACAGGGUCACCGGCCACUACCAGGGAAGCUCUCUGCCGAAGCUGUGGGAAGCCGUGAGGGCCUCGGCCGCCGCCCCAGGCUACUUCUCCGAGUAUAGUAUCGGCGAUCUCAUUCUGCUGGAUGGCGGCUUAUUUGUCAACAAUCCCACGGCGAUUGCACUCCACGAGGCAAAACAGCUGUGGCCUGAGGCUAACCUGCAGUGUGUGCUCUCCGUGGGCACCGGCCGUCACGAGCCCAUUGCCACCACCAGCGAGUCUUCCAUCAACUGGGGCACAAGAAUACGCACAAUACUCAAUAGUGCCACCGACACAGAAGGUGUUCACACAACCAUGCACGACCUCCUGCCAGGCAACGUGUAUUUCCGCUUCAAUCCAUACCUCAGUGAUGAAAUUGGUCUGGAUGAGAUUGCCGCCGACCGUUUGGCCAUGAUGAUGGAGGACACGUCUCUGUACCUCCGCAAGAACGAGGCCAAGAUACAGGAGGCCGUCCACGCACUCGUCAAAAACAAGAAUCCCCUGGACCGCGCAAAAGACUGGUAUCAGCAGCAGAGUCUUUUAUGGCCUGUGUAUUAGGGUUUUUUCUUUUCUUCUUCCUUUCUUUUCUUUUCUAUCCUCUCUUUUAUUUCUUUCUAGUUUAAAGAAAGUGCAUAAGUCUGUUGGUCAGAACCUGUGAACUAGACUGUUUUAUUCUCGUACUUCUUUGAAUGAGAUUAAAUCAGGAUAGUCUUAUUUGUAACACAUUAUUUGUUUGAAUCUUUGGAUAUCAAGAUAGUCAUACAGUCAGAGUUCUUGUAUUUGAAACAAGGAAGCGCAGACUAAAAAGUAUUUACAUUACUGGUAUUCAUUUUACAUUACUAUGUUGUGAAAAUGACAUGCUGUUUCAUGCAAAAUUCCACAAAAGUUUACAACCCUUCAUUUAAAUCCAUUUCUUGUUCGUUUCGUGUGAGUGUCACACACUACAAUCUCUUUUUUUUAUUACCAUUAACCUCAGGAAACUAAUCACAGAUUAUUUUUAUAUAUUUUAUAGGUGCUAAUAUUAUUUUAGAGAUGUUAGGUUAAGUUAUGUCGGAUAGCAGAAAAGUGUCGUCUCAAGAAUGACUUCUCUACUAGUUGUUCUGAAUAGUAUGUUUUUAGUUUUUUUUCAGCUUUAUAUAUAUGUAUUGUCUUGUUUUUUUUAUUUUUAUAGUAUUUAGACAUUUUAUAUCCAGAUUUUUAUUAGUUGCCUAAAUGAGCAGAGUGUAUACAAGACACCCUUUUCUCUUUUUCUUUCUUUUUUUUCAUCUUAACAUUUUCAUAUUUUAUCAAGAAAUCACUGUUCCUAACUUUUUAAAUCCUCUCAUUUGAUGAAAGGGAAAAAGCUUAUAAAUAGCAUGAUAGAAAUUCUGAUUCGAGUGUCGCCUUCAAGAGCUGAAACAGCCCUAAAAUUUUACCACAUUUGAUGUGUCUUUAGCAGUAAACGAGACCCUUGUAAAGAGUCCCUUUCAUGAUUGGUAAAACCGCAGUUUAGAAGAGGAAAGCGAUUUUAGCUGUUAAUAAAAGUAAAUAUAUA